CUGCUCCUCCUCUUCCUCCUCCUCCUCCCCACCACACAGGGAGGGUUGUGGGUUGUAGUGAAACACUGCUGGAGUAACGUCAAGCAGCACUUUCUUCUCUCUCUCUGUGUGACUAAAGGCUUUGGUGUAUCUGGGUGAAGUUUCCGUGGAGAGAAGAUGUCGUCGUGGGUGAAGUCGUCUGCAGCGUCGCGGAGGUCUCCGGCUAACAACAACAACCCCAACGGAAGUGCUCAACAGCUGCGUCUGUUCCGGAGAGCAGCUCCUUACCCCUCCAGAGACGAGAGGAGCGAGGAGCUGAAGGAUGCCCUGGACAGUUAUGAAGAACUAGAACAAAUCAAAAACUACAGUGGAAGUGUGAAGUACGAGGGCUACAAGCAUCAGUCAAAUGCCAAGCCAGCCAAGCCAGACGGCUGCACUCCAGCAGACAGACGUAAAGCCCUGUAUCAGAAGUUCUACAGACAGGUGCAGGAGGAGAGGAAGCCGGCCGACUGCGUGGUCCUCUCUGUCGCCAACCGGUGCCUGGAUUACCCCAAAUCGCUAAGCCAGUGCUUGCAGGAGCGUGGCCUGUCAGUGGAAAUGCUCUACCUUCAGGCGGAAUCGGGCCUGACCCGGGCUCUGCAGGAUGUCCGAGCAGACGGCUCCCCGUUAUGUAUUCUGGUGGAGCAGACAAACGUAGUUCUGUCCUCCUGCACUGUUAUCAUAUUCUCAGAAUCCCUCAAAAUCCAUCGCAACAUGCCCAAAGACCAGGCCAUGGACUUUGUCGCAACCGAGUACAGUCGCAGACGCGUCAAAGAGCGCCCGCCAAAGGACCCCGCGGACAACGCAGCACAGGCGUCGCAGCUGCUGGAUGACUUUCUGGAUCGAGAAAAGAUCGAGCGCCACACCGUUCCCUCGGAAACCCGUCAGCUCCUCCUGCUGUUAGCUGACGGGGUGCAUCUCUACGGCGAGGAGCUGGAAACCAUCUCAGAGUACGUCCGUUGCCGGCAGGAGCACACACAAGCCUCCCACACUGAGGGGGACAGGGGUAAGAUGUUACCUCCCGGAUUGGGGAAACCGCCUCCUCUGCUGCCCACUCCACCUGGGCCCCCUCAACCCCAGUCUGCAGCCGGAGGGCUCAUGAUGAACCACCCCCUACCACCCGCUCCUCUCUUGCCUUCACCAGGCUCUUAUCCCAAAACCAAACCUCCUCCGCUACUGUCAUUGCAUCGACUUCCUGGUCCACCUCUAGGGUCCUCACACGGCCUCUACGGUGGCCCCUCUGUGCCUCGUGGGCCCCUACUCCUUCACCCUCCUCUAUACCACCCAGGCCCCAGGGGCCCUCACAACAAUAGAGGAGCCCCGCCUUCUCUAAAGAGUUCCCGCCCUCCACUCCUCGCUUCUCCAGGUGCCCCUCUUCAACGACCGGGUGGCCCCCGGCACUAAGAAAUGACACACACACACACACACACACACACACACACACACACACACACACACUCACUCUGUUACACAUUCAGGCAACAAGUGUCAGCAGUGUUUUGAACAUUUCACCUAACUCAAGAACAGAAGACUCCUGGCGCCUGCGGAGGAUUCAUGUUCUGAUUUUUUUUUUUUUUUUUUUUAAGUAGUAAACCACCACAUUCUGUUAGAUAAAAACAAUGGUUGUUAAUGUUAGAUAUUAUCAUUUUGUUGUAGAUGGAUUGAUGAAGGAUGGCAUGGAGUAUUCUCACGACUGAUCAUUUUAAGUAUCUAUUCCAAGAUCCCUCUGUCAUCAUUUAGUUUUCUUUUGUAGUGUUACUGUGCUUUUCACCCAGAGUUGUCACAUUAAAAAAACACGUUCCCUACUUCCAGUUUGCCUUUCAGUGACAAGCUGCACAGGCCACCAAUGGACCGCUGGGUAUUGGUGGUCACACGAUGGUAAUAGGACAUUUUUAUUUUUCUGUAUAUAAUGAAUAUAGCAAGUAGCCUACCUGCUGUAUACGGUGUUUCAAGAUGGUGCUUAAGAUUUCACAAGUUCUCUAAGAUUCUCUUGAGGUAAGAAUUUCAACAACCAAUUAAAAGUUUGUUUUUACAAGCUG